AAUUUCCCUCGGGGGGUAAUUAUGCAGCGCGCGUAGAGGUGACGUCCUAUUACUUUGGUCCCAAACAUGAACAAAAAAUUCCACUAGAGUGACAGUCGGGCUAUAGAGUGGGGAGAUCCAAUCCGGCGACCCGGUAAACGGAGAACCCUGUUAAACUCUGUAACGCUUGAACGGUUGCGCAGAUGAGCGUUGAGAUGUCGUACACUACCUCUGAGGGAAGAAGGGGGAAAAAGUAAUGGUCUGUUAAAGGGGAUGUGUUGACUGGAGGGGGAAUAGGGGGAGAGAGAAAACAAAGACUGUUUUAAGGGCUGUUGUGCUGUCUGGUUACUGUCGUUCAAUUGGAUUUAGGAGUGAUGAAGAGGUCUUUGGGAUGCGGAAGAAAGGAAGGGAUGCUCUGCAGCGGUUCUUCAGUCACUGAAUCGUAAGAGAGUACGGCAGAAUGAGCCUGUAUGGUUAAGACUGGAUAUAUCUGAAGAACAACGCAUCACACUACUGCUGAAAGCUGUAAGCUGAACGUUGCGGGAUUUUGCUCACUGCUUCAAAAGGAAUUCAUUGCAGCUGUUCAACGUGGAUCCACUGCACCAUUCAGGAAUUUAAGGUAUGGGAUAUGGGACCAAAUUGCAGCGCUAAAAUGAGAAGUCUGUGGGUCGGUGUUUUGUUCAUGACUUUCACCUGCCAUCUGAGCUUUUCCCAGACUACUACAGGGAUUCCUAAAGAGUCAGAGCUCAAUGAUAACAUCACAGUUUUCACACGAAUCCUGGAUGGAUUGCUGGAUGGCUACGAUAACAGACUGCGACCUGGGCUUGGAGAGAAAGUGACAGAAAUAAAAACCAACAUCUUUGUGACCAGCUUUGGACCAGUGUCAGAUACUGAGAUGGAAUACACCAUUGAUGUGUUUUUCCGUCAAAGCUGGAAGGAUGAACGUUUGUGUUUCAAGGGGCCGAUGGAGAUGCUACCUCUGAAUAACCUGCUGGCCAGUAAUAUCUGGACACCAGACACCUUUUUCCUUAAUGGCAAAAAAUCCAUUGCUCACAACAUGACAACGCCCAACAAGCUUCUGAGACUGAAGGAUGAUGGGACAUUGCUGUACACCAUGAGAUUGACCAUAUCAGCGGAGUGUCCCAUGCAAUUGGAGGAUUUCCCUAUGGAUACUCAUGCCUGCCCACUCAAAUUUGGCAGCUAUGCCUACCCUAUCUCAGAAGUGGUGUAUAAGUGGACUAAAGGCCCUGGCAUGUCUGUGGUAGUGGCAGAGGAAGGGUCACGUCUUAACCAAUACCAUCUGAUCGGCCACACUGUCGGUACGGAAGAUAUCAGCUCAAGCAGAGGUCAAUACACAGUCAUGAUGGCCCAUUUCUACCUGAAGAGGAAGAUCGGUUACUUUGUGAUUCAGACCUACAUGCCCUGUUUCAUGACUGUCAUUCUGUCCCAAGUCUCAUUCUGGCUCAACCGUGAAUCUGUCCCUGCCAGGACAGUCUUUGGUGUGACCACAGUGUUGACCAUGACCACCCUCAGCAUCAGCGCCCGCAACUCUCUGCCCAAAGUAGCAUAUGCCACUGCAAUGGAUUGGUUCAUCGCUGUCUGCUAUGCCUUUGUGUUCUCUGCGCUUAUUGAGUUUGCCACAGUCAACUACUUCACCAAACGCAGCUGGGCUUGGGAUGGAAAGAAGGCCUUGGAGGCUCAGCAGCCUAAAAAAAAAGACCCACUGGCACUCUCCAAAAAGCCCAACAAUGCCUGUUCGUCUGGAGUUAACUUCACCCCCAACAUCAUGAAGGAUGCUGCUAUCUCAACCAUCUCCAACAGCACCACAGUCCAGUUGAAAAGUGCUGAGACCAAGCCUGCAAUGGACCCCAAAAAGACCUACAACAGCGUCAGCAAAAUUGACAAGAUGUCCCGGAUUGUGUUUCCGGUCCUCUUUGGGACUUUCAACUUGGUCUACUGGGCCACAUACCUCAACAGGGAACCGGUUAUUAAAGGAGCCGUUUAGCCCACACAAAAUCCCAGACACCACCGCGACAUUCCAUGCACAACCUCUUUUUCUUCUCCACUUCAGUAUUCAACGACAAGCUGACCAUGCAAAAAACGAUGCCGAGUACUUAUUUACUGCACCUCUCACUUCGCUAAUCUAUAAGAGGAGUGCUCCUGUUGAAGUUUCUUCCUGAUAUCAUAAAUUGCAUGAUCGAUUCAAAGCUCUAUGGGAAUAUAAUUGCCAUAUCUGCCUUGACUUCCUACUUUAUAUUUCCCUGGUUUCCACUAGUUAUCGCAUUCAUCUUUCAAUGAAUUGAGCGCCACAAGAGCUACCAUUUCAGUCAUGAAGUUUCCAAGGGACGUGAACAAAAAUGAACGCAUUUGGCAUCAACAUUUAUCACAGUAUAAAAAAAAAGAUUUAUGAAAAGAAGUACAGCAAGGCCAAAUGCUAUGCAAAAACCAUUUUCUACUAUGUUGCAAUGGGUAAUUGCUUAUAAUGAAACCCUUGCUUUGUAUUAAUGGACUUGAGGCUUCUCUUCUUUGUUUAAUAGCUUUAGCAUCAAUGAUAUAAGGCAGACAGAUGCUAUGCUAAGUUUUUAGCUAUGCUAAAAAUGUUGCCUUCAGAGGGAUUACUUCAUACGAGUGCUCGGAAAAGUGUCCAGAAAUGACUGAUUUCACUUUUGUUUGUCUUUUUUUCUAAGCUUUUUUGAAGUAGCUCAAUAGAAUUGUGCACCUUAGGCAGCUUUUCACACUUUAGACCAAGAUAUUCUGCAAGGUGAACAAGGUCGGGUUGCAGCUAAGACUUUCGAAUCAUUUGUACAUAGCUUGUGUAUGCUUUGCUUUUAACGUAGAUGCAGCUUAACGUUAGUGAGGAAGAGCUGAAAAUGGUUCUGAUACGCUACUCUAAUGUGCAGCCAAAGCGACAUGAAUGAUGGCAAAAACGCAGAUUGUAUUGUGAAAUAGUGUAGGCUUUGACAGAAUGUGGCAUUUCUUUACAGUCAGUAGUUUUUGACUUGGCUUUUCAUGCUGUUUACGCGACAACCGUUUUCGUACUUUUCUCUGUGUUGUAAAUUGGUCAUUGGGUUUUGAGGUUGGAACGAGUCAGCAAAAGCCUUAAAUGUUGACACCUAGUGAUAUUUUCUUUGCGCUACCAUGUAGACUAAUGUGAAAUGAUCAGGUAAAAAGGUCUGAAAACAAAAUGAAAGAAACAUUUACAUUGAAUAGUUCAUACAUUUUUCAGAUUCUAAAAGAGAGAGAAAGGUCAGGUAUAGAGCAGAAAGGAGUAACCUGCUGUUGCCAAGCAUGUUAAAAUGGAUCUUGUUGAAACCGAAAUGUCACACUAUAUUGCCAUCUCUGGCAUUCAACCGAAACGCAUGGCUGCUUAUUUGGGGAAUGAAAUGGAGGAGUGAACAAUGAUCUUUUUAGUGCGAAAGUGAGACUCUGAAAGAUUCAGGUUUUAUCCUGUAAUCAUUCUAUUCUGAACUUGUUAAAUGAAAGUGAGACGGCACAAAGAACUAAGUGACCCCACAGAUGAUGUGUAGCUCAUUAAGAGGUCAACUAUGAGAGCCAUUAAGCUCCUCUGUACGCCACUCAGGCCUAUUGGAGAAUGAAUCAUUAAAAGAGUUCAGUGAGUCAGUAAUGUGCCCUUUUACAACAAUGGAUGUUUCCAGAAAUGUACAGAUGUUCCUCAAAGCAUACAUAUCUGAAGCAAUAAAUUC